GUAAAUUAUUGCAUUCCUUUUUUAUUCACAAUUUGUACAGAGUUCCAACAUUUUUGGAAUCGGGUUUGUACAUCAACAACUGAUAACGAUCAUUCAUAUGAGACCUGAGCAAGGAGAGAGACAUUCCAACAUCAUUUUCCAGUCUAGCAAGGAGAAUAUUAUAAUCAAUGGUGUCAAAAGCUGCAACAUUUUCUAGGAUCUUGGAGGUAAAGGGGAGGUUUCAUAUUGGCCUAUAGUUGGACUGCUUACAAGGGUCAAGAUCAGGUUUUUUAAUUAGGUGGUUAGAUGACUGUCAGCCAGUGCAAAUGGAAAACGUAUUAUUUUGGAACAGGUUCAAAUUCUGGAUUUAUCUGUUUGAAGAAAGAUAUAAGUGACUUACUUAUAAUAUAAGUAAGAACACAUCUUGAUGAUUUUAAUGCGGAAAUAUAUUAAAUUAAUUUGCUUUCUUAAAUGGGGGAAAAGUUCAUAAAUGCUGAUGUGUUAUAAUUAUAUUGUUAUCUACAGGGUUAUUUAUAAUAUUGUCUGGUUUUAAAUUCAUAUUCUGGAUUUCUGGAUAUCCUGGAAUAGCAGUAGUUGACAUGAAUGUAUGAUUAACACGAUAACGUGGCAAAGUACAUAUGCUAUGACCGAGGCAGAUAUUAAAGAUGAGGUAAUCAUCUGAAAUAACUUCAGACAAUUUUUUUUAUUAUUUAAUCCAAAUGUAAGUCUAAAAUCAAGUGUGUGUCCACCACUAUGAGUGGGUCCUAUUACAUUCUGAUUUAUUCCUACUGAAUCUAGAAUGGACACAACUGAUGUUUUUGAAUUGUCACCCUGAUUAAAAAUAUAUAUAUAUUUAUAAUAAAAUUAUUGCUUUGUCUAAAAAAUUUGCUAUUUUUUAAAUUAAAUCAGCAAAAUCUACAAGAAAAUCCGAAUAGGGCCUUGGACAUAUAUAAACUGUGUGCAGAAUUAUUAGGCAAGUUGUAUUUUUGGGGAUUCAUUUUGUUAUUGUACAUCUACAGUUCUCUUGGUCAAUCCAAAAUGUUAACAAACCCUCAAACCUGAACAUUUAAGUAGUAAAAGUGAAGUUUUGGCUUUCUUAAGAGAAUAUCUACAUGUACACCAUGUGCAACUAUUAGUGUGCAGAAUUAUUAUGCAACUAAAUGAAAAACAAAGAUUUUCCCAUCUCACUUGUUUAUUUUCACCUGUUAAAGUGAGAAUAAUAAAAAAGCUCAAAAUUUACAAAUAAACAUUUCUGAAAUUUCAAAAAGAAAACCUCAGUGACCAAUAUAGCCACCCUUCUUUUCCAUAACAGUCACAAGCCUUCCAUUAAUGGAGUCAGUCAGUUUCUUGAUCUGGACAGAAUAAACAUUUGGUGCAGCCGCAACCACGGCCUCCCAGACACUGUUCAGAUGUACUGUUUACCUUCACUGUACAUUUCCUGCUUAAAAAGGGCCCAAAAGGUCUCAAUAGGGUUGAAGUCAGGUGAAGAAGGGGGCCAUGUCAUUAGUUUUUCAUCUUCAAGGCCUUUACUGGCCAGCUACGCAGUGGAGAACUUUGAUGCAUGUGAUGGAUCGUUGUCUUGCAUAAAAAUCAAAGUCUUCUUAAAAAAUGCAGACUUUUUCCUGUACCACUGCUUGAAGAAAGUGUCUUUUAAAAAUUGGCAGUAAGUCUGAGAGUUGAUUUUGAGUCAAUUUUCAACCCGAAAAGGUCCAACUAGCUCAUCUUUAAUAAUACCUGCCCAUACCAGUACCCCACCUCCACCUUGCUGGCGUCUGAGUCGAAGUGGAGCUCUGUGUCCGUUACUGAUCCAACCACGGGCCCAUCCAUCUGGUCUGUCAAGAGUCACUCUCAUCUCAUCAGUCCACAAAACCUUUGAAAAAUUUGUCUUCAGAUAUUUCUUGGCCCAUUCUUGAUGUUUCAACUUAUGUGUCUUGUUCAGAGGUGACUGGGUUUCAGCCUUUCUUACCUUGGCCAUGUCUCUGAGAACUGAACACCUCGUACUUCUUGACACUCCAGGUAGUUUGCAGUUGUGGAAUAUGGCAGCACUGGAGAAUAAUGGGUUCCUGGUAGCUUUAUGUUGGAUUCUUCUCAAAUCUUUGCCGGUUAAUUUGCAUCUUUUCUUCUCGACACGUUUCUUGCGACCCUGUUGACUAUUUGCUACAAAACGUUUGAUGGUUCUGUGAUCACGCCCCAAUAUAUACUUUAUACUUUAUUUAUCUGCCUUCUUUUUCUUUGUUUUAUUUUUAUUCUUUUUUUCACCCCAUUUUAUUCCCUCAUGCCGGACCGUCGUAAAAAGCAUUUCACUGAAUGUCGUACCCUGUAUGUAUGUGUAUGUGACAAAUAAAAUUUGAUUUGAUUUGAAUAUCUUAGAUAUUUCAAUAGUGCUGCAUCCCUGUGAAAUACUUUUUAUAAUUUUUGACUUUUCAGAGUCAGUUAAAUCUCUUUCUUGGCCCAUUUUUCCUGAGGAGAAGAAUCUGCCUAAUAAUUAUGCACACUUUGAUAUAGGGUGUUGAUCUCCUUAGGCCACACCCUCCCUCGUUACACAAAUACUGUACAUAUCACCUAAUAUGCAUUAAAUCCAAUAAGCAUUCAAGUUUAUAAAGCUUGGACUUGGAAAUUAUGGAUAAAAUGAUGAUAUGGUCAAAAUAAUCACUUGCCUAAUAAUUGUGCACACAGUGUAAAUAAUUAAUGGGACUGACUGACUAGACUUAUUUUUGGAAGUUAAACAUGCAAUGUUGGUGUAAAGAUCUUUGAAUGUGUUACAUUUGUUAAAUCUUUUGUGUAAUGCUCAGAUUGUUAUUAUUAAAAUAACAAAUAUAAAUAACGCCUGUCAUUAAAUUAGUGGAAGAUGUAUAGAAAAACAUUAGCACGGUACAAAAUUGGACAAAAUAAACAACAUUUAAUUGAAUUUACAAGUCAUUAAAACAGCAAAGGUUUUUAGCGUGCAUGAGCCAGAGUUGAUUACGGUCAGCCAUAAGACAAUGUUUUUGUGCAAUGUUACAAUAUGCAUAAAUGGAGUUAGCGUUUCGCGGCACUGUCAGAGCAAGGUACCAAGAGGUAGAUGUCCUCACAUAUAAAUAAAGUGCUUAAUCCAAUAGUAAUAUAUGACUGCUGGAGCAGCCACUUACUAGAAAAGAUCAUAAAAGUAACAAUAUCUGGAAUUGCAAAAUUUGAAGAUUAGUGGCAAUCAUACGUGCGACGAGAAGCCCACGAUGUCUUGGCACGUACAACGUACUGAACUAGUGACUUGUGAGAAAUAAAAAGAAAGCUGGUUGCAUGCCUAAAGCAAUGCAUGGAUGAAAGUAAACAAUGUGAAGAGUUUUGUGAUGUGUUUUUUGUUGAGUUGAUUUAUUUGUUAUUUAUUGGUCAGAUGUGUGUAUCCCUCUGGUUUUGAGGUAGAAAUAAUUUGGAGCAGGUUGUAAAGGACUUUUUGAAACACUUUGAGCAGACACUUUGAAGGUGCUAGAGAAGAGCAAAAGCUUACAGCACCUGGUAUUCCCAGGAGGUCUCCCAUCCAAAGUACUAACCAGGCCCGACCCUGCUUAGCUUCCGAGGUCGGCGUUUCUAAGGGUGGUAUGACCGCAAGCGGGAGACAAGCCCAAAAAUUAAAACACUUCUUGUUCCAAUACGACCUAUCGCUGUCUCACCGCCGGCACACUCCAAUGAGCACGUGACACAUUGCAUCUUAGCGUCUUCCUUUACUCCAACGCUGUAAACGCUUAAAUAAUGGAUUUAAAUUCACAAAACGUCAUACCACACUUUUUAAAAAAAAAUUAUUCUUAGUGUGGUUAUUUUGCUCGCUGUAUUGUGUGUAUUUAUGGACAGUGUGUGUUCUUAAUAAAGGUAAUAAGAAAAAAUGCUGCAGGAAAACGAACACUAACUAUGAGUCUAUUUCCGGUGCCUUUAAAAAAUCGAAACUGCUUCCGCUGGACCUGUUACCAUAGUAACGCGUCACAAACACAAGCAUGGUGCGCAUCAGUUUGGAUCUUAUUCGCCGUCGUGCUGAGCACAACAACUGUGAGAUCUUUUCUCUGGAGGAGAUUUCACUACAUCAGCAGGACAUUGAACGAAUAGAGCAUAUUGACAGGUGGUGCAGAGACCUGAAAAUCCUCUAUUUGCAAAACAACCUCAUUUCUAAGAUAGAGAAUGUCAGCAGACUGAAGAAGUUGGAGUAUUUAAAUCUGGCACUGAACAACAUUGAAGUGAUUGAAAAUUUGGAAGGUUGUGAAGAUCUUCGGAAGCUGGACCUGACUGUGAAUUUUGUUGGUCGAUUGAGCAGCGUUGAGUCUCUGAAACACAAUAUACACCUCCGAGAGCUCUUUCUUGUGGGAAAUCCCUGCACUGAGUUCAAGGGUUACAGGCAGUAUGUGCUGAUCUGCCUGCCUCAACUUCAGUAUUUAGAUGGAACAGCAAUAGGCCGAGCAGAACGGAUUGAGGCAGUGCAAAACUUUAAUUAUGUGAAGAAGUGUGUCUUAGAACAAGAGGCUGAAUAUAUGGAAAGAAGAGAGAAACAGAAGAGUGAAGCACUAAAUGAAACUUCAUGUAGCACCCCACAGUAUUUUGAUGACAAGCAUCUGCCACAGAACGAUUCCCAAGACCCAAAUCUUGAAUGUCUUCCAAAUCACAAUUCAAAUGCAGAGUCUGAGGAAGGUGAUUUUUGGGACAAGCCAUGUGCCUUCACCCCAGAGUCAAGACUAGAAGCACAUCGCCAUCUAGAUGAGAAGAGGAGAGCAAAAGAGAGUGUAAGAGAGCCAAAGACCAAGGUUAAACCUCCCAGAACUCUGAUCACAUCUGACGGAAGAGUGCUGAACGUCAAUGAACCAAAGUUGGACUUUACUUUAAGUGAAGAUGAAGAAACUAACUGUGUGCUUCUGGAUCUGCAUAUAUACAGGCAUAUGGACACCUCUUUGCUUGAUGUUGAUGUUCAGCCUACAUACAUCAGGGUGACUGUCAAAGGAAAGGUGUUCCAGUUAGUUUUACCUGCCGAGGUUAAACCAGACAGCAGCACUGCAAAGAGAUCACAAACUACAGGUCACUUGCUUAUCACCAUGCUCAAGAUGCAUGGAAAGGUAAAAGUAAAAAAACCUAUUCAUAAACUGACCAAUGGUAGCUGCAGAGGAAAUGAAACAUCAGUGGCCUCAGAUGAAAAGGGCAGGGUGACAUCUGGUCAUCAGAGUUUAGAAGCUGACCCCAGCAAAAGCUUUGCAGUACAACUGGCCAACAUUGUACCUAAAGAAGCCCACACCAAGCAUGGUCCCUUGCAGCUUUCAUGGCCUUGUCAAGCCCAAGAAAAGCCUGUUUCCAAAGACUUUGUGGAUAACCUUGAAGUCCCACCUCUCAUCUAAGAAACAUAAAUAAAAGAAAAAUGUGAGAGAAUACUGUAUUAGUGGGCACAUGGACGAGCACUGAUUUGUGAACCAAAGAUGGAGCCGGAGGAGCACAGACCAGAGCUGAUUGCAGGUGCAUGUAUUUAGAUACAUGUAUGGGUAGCCGUUUAUUCUACUGAAAAGUAUCGGUAAACCACGUGUGUGUGUGUGUGUGUGUGUGUGUGUGUGUGUGUGUGUGUGUGUGUGUGUGUGUGUAAGUACCUGGUAGGAUUACUGAAAAGGAUAGCACCGGGGAGAAAACAAAUGUGAAUCAAUAAAGUUUUGCUUGGUGAACCCA